AUGGCCACCGCAGCCUCGGUCCAUUACAGCCCCAGGAACAACUCUCUCCAUUCCAACUCCUUGGUGCAUCCCGACUGUGACAGGAUGCACCCAGGGACCACUUACAGAGAGGUGCAGAAGAUGGUGCAGAAUGACUACCUGCACGGACUGGCCAGCAAUGGGCACCCCAUCAGCCACAGCCACCAGUGGCUCUCAGGCACUGACCCGGCGCCUUGGGUCACGGCUUCUCACCUCGGACAGCCGGAGCCUGGCAAAGCCGGGGUGCAGCCUCCCAGGGACCCGCUCGGGAACAGCCUCCAUCACCGCUCCCAUCAUAUGGUCCAUCCACAAACUCAUGCCAACCAUCCCGGCGCCUGGGGCCCUCCGGGACACCACCUCCCCGGGAUGCCAGCUUCCUCCAACGGCCACCAAGCCUUACUGUAUUCGCAGCCAGGCUACAGCAGCCUGGGCGGCAUGCUGAGCCCGCAGCCGCCAGCCCUGCACCACGGCAUGAGGGAUGCCCUUCACGAGGACCCGGGUGGCCAUGAGCAGGAGCCGCCUCAGCACCAGCCGGAGUCGGCAGAGGAGGACGCGCCCACCUCGGAUGACCUGGAGCAGUUCGCAAAGCAUUUCAAACAAAGGCGGAUUAAACUGGGCUUCACCCAGGCGGACGUGGGCCUGGCCCUGGGCACACUGUAUGGCAAUGUCUUCUCCCAGACCACCAUCUGCAGGUUUGAAGCCUUGCAGCUCAGCUUCAAGAACAUGUGUAAACUGAAGCCGCUGCUGAACAAGUGGCUGGAGGAGACGGACUCCUCCUCGGGGAGCCCCAGCAGCAUAGACAAGAUAGCCGCCCAGGGCAGGAAGAGGAAGAAGAGAACCUCCAUUGAGAUUGGGGUGAAGGGCGCUCUGGAGAACCAUUUCCUCAAGUGCCCCAAGCCCUCAGCUCACGAGAUCACCGCACUGGCGGGCAGUCUGCACCUGGAGAAGGAGGUGGUCAGGGUUUGGUUUUGUAACAGAAGACAAAAGGAGAAGCGGAUGACCCCAGUGGGCAUCCCGGGGCCCCCCGGCUUGGAGGAGGGAUACCCACACACAGACAGUCCCCCUCUGCUCCACACACUGCACAGCUCAGGGCUCUGA